AUGGACAUGAACCAGCCUAUAUUUUCGGCUCCGCCUGGCUACGUCGUCGAUGUGGACAACCCCCAGAGAACCGGGGAAGCUGCAAAUUUCUGGGUUGGUACCUUGGGCAUGAUUGUUGCUGCCAUCUUCAUGGUUAUACGUGUCUUUACAAAGACAAGGCUAGCAAAGGGCUUUACGCCGGAUGAUAGUAAGCUCGCUCAAAUCUCUCAGAACACCUUUCAAGCCUUCUGCAACGGAAUCCAGCAUCUGACCAAGUCCAACAGUAGCGUUGCUCGUAGCUUGGGUACGUGGCAUCUACAGUGCUUCUCCAUUGCCAUCCAAGUCCCUAUUCUGUUCCAAUAUGGCCGAGGCACUCUCGGCGUACACAUCUGGGAAUUGACUGGCCAUAGAGUCAACUCUACAAUGAACCUGAUCAGUGUAGCAAGCAUCAUCUACUGUCCUUUCCUCGCUAGCGCUAAGCUUUCUCUCCUCUUCUUCUACCUACGCUUGUCGCACAUACAAUGGUUCCGACUGUGCGUAUAUGCAAGUAUGUUCCUCGUCGUCGGAUACAACAUUGCGCUUGUCUUUCCGCUCAUCUUCGCCUGUACGCCUUUCCGACGAAACUGGGAUGUUACAAUUACCGAGGGAAGUUGCAUCGAUAGGACACCACUUUAUAUGGCGACGGCGGUCCUGAAUAUGGCCACGGAUAUCUUGCUGCUGGUUUUACCUAUACCGAUGGUGGUCAAGCUGCAGAUGCCUGGGGUUCAGAAAGCUGGUUUGAUAUGCAUAUUUGGUGUGGGCUCACUUCUCAUCGAAGCCAACCUCGUCAUUGUCACAGGCUGCCUGCCAACAAUGCGUCUCUUCUUCCGGCACGUCGCACCGCGUCUAAUCGGCGAGUCUUCGCUUCGCAGUCGGAACCGAAAGCAAAGUAGUACAGGAUAUGGGGGUGGCUCACAUCACCAACUGGAGCUCAAGACCAUCGGAUCGAGGGCUAUGAAUAAGAGAUUCGAGUACGUGGAGGAUGAUGCGGUGAGUGUGGGUAGUGAGGAGAGGACGACGGCGGGCUGGAGGGGUGACAGGGACUCUGAGAGGGGCAUUGUUGUCGCGGGAAAUGCUGGGGGGAUUACGAAGACGUCAAGUGUUGUUGUCGAGAGUGAGCUGCGGAAGAGUAGUUUGACGGAUCUAAGGUCGAGUGUUGCAUGCCUGCGAUGA